AUGGGUUGUUGUUGUUCAAAAAAUAAAAAAUAUCAUGGAGAUGAUGGAUUAGAAAAUAGACCACCACCAAAAAAUAACAAUAAUGAUAAAAGAAAAAACAAUACAAUAAGAAGGGGUAAAGAUUCACUAGCUUUACAACAAAAUAAUCCAACAUCAUUAUUUGAAAUAACAGAUUUAUCAUUAAAGGGUGAUAUUAUGUCAGCACUUGAAGAACAAUCAAAUGAUUCAGAUCUUUUAGCUCAAUAUGGUGUCAUUUUAGCACUUGAAAAUAAGAAUAAAGAAGCAGAAAUAGCAUUUAGAAAAGCAGUCGAUGCUGAUAGUUUAAAUUCAAGAGCAUGGCAAGCAUAUGCAGAAUUUUUAGAAAAAAGUAAGAACCCUAAAAAAGCAAAAGAAGUUUAUGGUGAAGCCUACAAGCAUGCUGCACCAAAGAUUGCUUUGGAUGAAGAUGACUCAAGUCUACUUUUAAGCUAUGCCAUGUAUAUCCAAAAAUCUGGCGAUCUUGAUAAAGCUGAGAAAUUAUAUAAGCGUAUUGUAACAUCUGGUCCACAAAUCCCAGAGGCUUUUGGUCGUUAUGGUGUAUUUUUAUUAGAGGUUAGAAAAGAUGUCGAAAAAGCAAAUACCUAUCUCAAACAAGCCGCUGAUAUUAACCCACCCUCCGAACUUUGGUGCACAAAAUAUGCUGCCUUCUUAAGAGAACAUAAAAAAAAUGAUCAACAAGCUUCAGAAUACCAAAAAAGAACUUCAUUAUAUUUAUUUAAAAAUGAUGGAUUUAAUACAGAGUUUAUUAAAGUUUUAAAAAUAACAAAUAGUCAUGAUGGUUUAAACUCAUUUGUAAAUCAUUGUAGUGUCAAUAAUAAUAAUUGUAGAAAUAGUUUUUUUGGUUUGAUAUUUACAAGCAGCAAUUCAAUUAAAUCUUUAGAAAGCUAUAUAUUAGAAUCAUAUAAUAACAAUAAUGAUAGUGAAAAUGAUAAAAAUGAAAAAAUACUUGAUUUUUUUAAUAAAUAUUUAAAUAAUAAAUAUAUUUAUAUUGUUGGGGAAACUAGUUCUCAACUAUUUAAAUCAUGUUUUUCAAUAGUGGCAAACGAUAAUAGAAUAAAAUCAGAAUCAAAUGCAAUUAAUCUAUCCCAACGUAUUAAAGAAGACUAUGACACCAAUAAAGACAAAUCUCUACAAUUUUUAUAUUUUUGUGGAAAUAAUAGAAGAGACGAAUUACCAAAUUAUUUAAAGGAAAACUCAAUUCAAUGUAACGAAAUAAUAGUUUAUAACUCUGAAACAUUCGAUGAUAGUUUAAAUAGUAUUAAAGAGUUGUAUCGUAGAAUUAAAAUAAAUAAAGAACAGAAUUGUUGGUGUGUAUUUUUUAGCCCAUCAGGUGUGGAAUAUAUAUUGGAUAUAAUUGGUCAACUAUCAAAUAAUAUAGAAAAUAAAAAAUUAGAUUAUAACAAAGAAACUGCAUCGUUUUGGGAUAAUAUUAAAAUUGUGGCCAUUGGUAAAACAACUGAAACCUCUUUAAAGAAAAAUAAUAUAAGGGUGGAUAUUGUUUCACCGUUACCAAAUGCCCAGAGUCUUUUUAAUUCGAUUAAAGACUUUAUAGAUAAAUAA